AUGGAUGCUGGCCCUGGGCUAGUUGGCUGGCCUCCCCUGCGGGGAUCUGGGUGUGGAGUCUGGGGCCCUGGUGCCUGGGAUUGUCCUACUCCGUGCUGGGUCCCUCCCUACACUGGGGGUGCCCAGUUAUGCCUGGGCAUGCUGAUGUUACUGGGAUGUGUGGCCUUGGUUGUUCAGCGUACAGCCCGGGUCUUCUGGUAUCACAGACACAAGAUUGUGUGCUUGUUUCUGUGUUGGUUUUUAUCUUCCAGGACUCCUUCUCACUGCUAUAGGCAGGCCGCCAAGCUGGUAGUAGAGGAAAGACUUCCAGGAGAAUGUGGAAGGCCGAGGAAAGCUUUACAAGAACUUACAAAAGGAGCCAACGACAGCCUGAGCUGCCCUCUGGGGGACCAUAUCAAUAAGCUGAGAAGCUACAACAUCACUUCCUCCAUCAAGUGGUACAGAGACUGUGAGCCCAUAGAGGAUGGGACAAACAUCUACGAGUAUUGGGACACCAAACUGAAAAUGAAUCAUGUGGAACUUCAACAUAAAGGCACCUACACCUGUACUCUAACAUUCACCCUCGAUGGCAUCAAAGGAUCUGUGUCAGAGACCAUUGAUGCAACGGUCACAGAGGAGUACUCUUUGAUUCCACACGUGCAUGAACCCACCAAUGAAGUAGUCAAAGCACAGAGGGGGUUCAACUUCAGUAAAAGGUGUCUGGUGUUUGUGCCGGGUGACGGGAAGCCUUCUGUUGAUAUCUUGUGGUUGGCCAGAGAGGAUUUCAUUGAGACUAACACCUCUCACCGCGUCCACAUGUUAGAUCAACGUAUGCUGCCCAAUGAUGGUCCUAUCAAUAUAUUUAUAUAA